AUGUCAUUCAACUUUUCAAACUUUACUAAAGAUAUCAAAUCCUUUGGUGAUCGAAUCAGUACCGAGUUUAACAAGGAGGUGGUACCUUUAGCUCAAAGAACAUCUAGAUUGGUUCAAGAAAGAAUUGGUAAAAUAAACCAAGACGAUAUAUCACAAUUACCAUCGGAAUAUAUUGAAUUGGCCAACAAGUGCAACAACAUUGAACUGUUGUACAAGAAUGUUUUGAAAGUUACUUCCAAUUACGAGAACGAGUCAUAUGAUUAUCCAACAAAUUUACAAGAAUCAUUCACUGAAUUCAGUCACAAUGUCACCACCAGAUUUAGCAACUUGAGCAAAGCAACCACCACAGCAGAAGCACAAGCUGCUUUGAUCAAUGCUGGAAGUAAUGAGUCCAAACCUCCUAAAACAUUGUACCAUGCGUUAAGUAGGGCUACAGAUGCUAGUAUUUUAACCAAAGAGACCGAUUCCAGUUCAGAUGCAAGCGAUCCUUUGAUUAAAGGUUUGGACUUGUAUUCAUCAAACUUGAACAAGAUUGCCAAUGCAAGAUUGGGCCAAGAUCAAUUGAUCAAGCUGAAAUUCAAUAAGCCAUUGACAACAACUUUACGCUCAUUGAUUUCACAAUCUAAUAAAAUUCAAAAGAAAGUUGAAGAGAAGCGAAUUGAUUAUGAUUUGAGUAGAUACAACUUGACUAAUUGUACCAACCCAGCCAAAGAAUCAAAAUUUAGAGUUGAUAUGGAAAAUGCCGAGGACGACUUUGCCAACACCGUUGAGGACGCAAUUAACAUUAUGCAGAAUGUGAUUGAAAAUGCCAAGCCAUUGCAAGAAUUUUUGGAACUAAUCAAGGCCCAAUUAGCUUAUCACAAGUUGGCCAGUGAACUAUUGGGUGGAAUGGUUAGUGAAUACGAGGAGUUGAUUGAUCAACAAGAAAAGUUAAGUGAAGGUGCAAAGAGCAAGAAUGACAGAGAAGGAGGUGAUUUUGAUAUUUAG